GAAUCAGUGUGGAUUUAAGGGUAAACAAUAUUCAGACCUCCAGUUCCAUUAGCAAGCUGUGAUUGUGAUAUGAAGAUGCAGAAGUCUGUCUCUGUCGUUCCUCUACUGUUGCUCCUCUGUCUGUCUGGGGUAGAGGUCACCAAAGGUCAAGGGGUAGAGGUCACUAAAGCUGUAGAUUUCAAGACGGAAAACGAGGUGGUCAAAACACCAGCAGACGGACAGACAGACUCUGAGCCGGACCUCUGGGCUGAGCUGAGAGAGCUGAGAGACAUGGUGGUGGAACAGAGAGUGGAACUGACUGUCACACAAAGUCAACUGGAGGACGUGAAGACACAGAAUUCAGAGAUGGAGUUCAGGCUAAGAACUGCAGAGGACCAGGUGAAGCUACUGAAGGCUGAGAAUCAAGCCCUGGAGCUGAGGACUCUUGACGUCAGCUCCAACUACUCUCGGAGCCAGGUGGAACUACAGAAGACUGAGCUGGAGGAGCUGAAGAGACAGAACACAGACCGGAAGGUAGCGUUCUCUGUUACUUUGGGGGUUGGGGGUUACUAUGGGGGUUACUAUGGACCCACAUCCACUACCCUGGUCUACAAGGACAUCCUCACAAACAUCGGCAAUCACUACAACACAACUAAUGGUCACUUCACAGCCCCAGUGAGGGGAGUUUACUACUUCAGAAUCGCCUUGUUUGGAAUCGUAGAAAGGAACAGCGGCAUACAUUGCAACCUCCGCACAAACGGCAUCGUAACCCUGAAGGCAGGUCUUUGGGAAUACAUUGCAAAGUCCCAGCACCACGUAGCUAAUGCUGCCUCUCUGCUGCUCGAGCAGGGAGACGUAGUUGACGUUCAACUGGGUGGAACCACAAUCUAUGAUGACAGUCACAGGAGAAACACCUUCACUGGCUUCCUGCUCUUCCCAGCGUGAGAUGAUAUUCAGUGAACCACAGUGGAAUGAAGCCUUCUGCCAACGCGUUGUCCUCUAUACAUGUUGUCCUCUAUACAUGUUGUCCUCUAUACGCGUUGUCCUCUAUACGCGUUGUCCUCUAUACGCGUUGUCCUCUAUACGCGUUGUCCUCUAUACGCGUUGUCCUCUAUACGCGUUGUCCUCUAUACGCGUUGUCCUCUAUACGCGUUGUCCUCUAUACGCGUUGUCCUCUAUACGCGUUGUCCUCUAUACGCGUUGUCCUCUAUACGCGUUGUCCUCUAUACGCGUUGUCCUCUAUACGCGUUGUCCUCUAUACGCGUUGUCCUCUAUACGCGUUGUCCUCUAUACGCGUUGUCCUCUAUACGCGUUGUCCUCUAUACGCGUUGUCCUCUAUACGCGUUGUCCUCUAUACAUGUUGUCCUCUAUACAUGUUGUCCUCUAUACAUGUUGUCCUCUAUACAUGUUGUCCUCUAUACAUGUUGUCCUCUAUACAUGUUGUCCUCUAUACAUGUUGUCCUCUAUACAUGUUGUCCUCUAUACAUGUUGUCCUCUAUACAUGUUGUCCUCUAUACAUGUUGUCCUCUAUACAUGUUGUCCUCUAUACAUGUUGUCCUCUAUACAUGUUGUCCUCUAUACAUGUUGUCCUCUAUACAUGUUGUCCUCUAUACAUGUUGUCCUCUAUACAUGUUGUCCUCUAUACAUGUUGUCCUCUAUACAUGUUGUCCUCUAUACAUGUUGUCCUCUAUACAUGUUGUCCUCUAUACAUGUUGUCCUCUAUACAUGUUGUCCUCUAUACAUGUUGUCCUCUAUACAUGUUUUUAUUGAUUGUUUGUUGUGUCUGGCAGGAGCAACCUUCUCAUUUUGAUGAUACAAUAAAUUAAAUUGAUUGAUCGAUCAAUACAUGAAUAAAUCAACCAA